AUGAAGGUCAUGACAAAGGAAGAGGAGGCGGCCCACUACCACGAGGUAGUCAAGGGCGGCCUCAUCGGCGGAGGCAUCGGCCUCGUCGCCGGCCUGGCGGGCGUCGUCGGCGCCUCGCGCCGCUACCCGGCCUUCCGCGGCCUGACGCUGCCCUUCCGCGCCUUCCUCGUCACCUCGUCGGGCACCUUCGGCGCCAUCAUCCUCGCCGAGCGCAACUCGGUCGAGUUCGGCAAGGCGCAGGACCCGCGCAACUUCUACAAGGACGAGGCGCAGCGCGCCCUCGAGGCCGCCCGCGCGCAGGAGUCGUCGUCCCAGCGCGCGCUGGCCUGGGCCCGCGAGAACCGCUACCGCAUCGUCGUCUCGUCCUGGCUCGCCUCCGUCGCCGUCGCGCUCGCCAUCGUCGGCCGCAACAAGUACCUGACGACGAGCCAGAAGGUCGUCCAGGCGCGUGUCUACGCCCAGGGCCUGACGCUCGCCGUGCUCAUCGCCACGGCGGCGCUCGAGGUCGGCGACGCCAAGCGCGGCACCGGCCGCUACGAGACCGUCAUGGUCAUCGACCCCAACGACCCGGAGCACAAGCACCUGAUCGAGCAGAAGAUCCACAAGGAGGAGUACGAGGGCCAGGAUCUGUGGAAGGACAUGGUCCAGGCUGAGGAGCGCCGCAUCGCCGCCGCCAAGAAGGAGCGAGAGGAGGAGGAGAGCAAGCAGGGUGCAACUGCCAACUAA